AUGGGCAAGAAUCGCCACAGCAAAGACCGGCUGUUCAUCACGCAGACCGAGCACAAAUAUCUUUAUGGCGGCAAGAAGCAGGAGAUCCGCCGCGCUUAUAAGCGUCUGCCAUUCAACUGCUGCGCCAUCACUCUUUGUCCCUUCACGAACCCGGUGUGUACACGCGAGGGUCAUUUGUUCGACCUGGAGGCAGCCGUCCCAUUCGUUAAGGAGCACCAUAUCAACCCUGUGACGGGCAAGCCGCUGGCGUUGAAGGAACUCAUUCAAUUGCACUUCGGCAAGAAUUCACAAGGAGAGUAUUUCUGCCCUGUGACCUACAAGGUCUUCACCGACAACACCAAGAUUGCCGCAAUUGCGACUACGGGCAACGUUUUCUGCUACGAGGCCAUUGAAGAACUCAACAUUAAACCCAAGAAUUGGACGGACCUCAUUUCUGGCACCAAGUUUAAGCGCAAAGAUAUUAUCAUUCUGCAAGACCCGCAAGACCCCUCUAACCGCGAAAUCGAAAACUUUGAGCAUUUACGACGUGCCAAGGCGAGCGAAAAUAAUGCCUCAACAGCGGCCGGAGCUCGGAAUAUUCGCACAAAUGCCGCGACAGAUCGCAUUCUCCAAGAACUGGAAGCCAAGCGAGUGGGCCAAAAAGAGCUUGCGGACAAGAUCAAAAGUGGAGCUGAUGGCGUGAGUGAGAAGGACAAGAUUGUGGCUUCACUGACUCACAGCAACAUUUCCAAGGAAGAAGAAACAAACGAAGUGGCGGGCUCAGGGAAGCUGCAGUACUCGCAAUUUACAGCAGGCGAAUGCUCAAGCUCAUUCACGUCCAGCGUGAGAGCUCCUGUGACGAAAAAUGCGAUGGCGCUAGCCUCUGAACAGGAGCUCCUUGAACGAAGAUGGCAGGCUGUUCGAAAGCUGAAGAAGAAGGGUCUUGUACGGCUCGAGACAACUAUAGGCAACAUCAACCUGCAGGUGGAUUGUGAUUUCGUUCCACAGACAGCCGACAACUUUAUGAGCCUGUGUCAAAAGAAAUACUACGACGAAGUCCUAUUCCACAGAGUCAUAAAGGGAUUUAUGAUGCAAGGAGGAGACCCGACGGGUACAGGCCGAGGUGGCGACUCCAUUUGGAAGAAGCCAUUCCGUGAUGAAAUCGACAGUCGAUUGUCUCACGACUCAAGAGGUGUGCUGAGUAUGGCGAAUUCCGGACCAGGGACGAACAACUCGCAGUUUUUCGUCACUUUCAACGCAUGUCCGCACCUAGACAAGAAACACGCGGUAUUUGGCCGAGUUGUAGGAGGCAUGGAGGUGCUGGAUGCCAUUGAGUGCGUGGAGACUGGAGCCGAUGAUCGUCCGAUCGUGGAUGUGCACAUCAAGAGCGUCCACGUAUUCGCCAACCCGUUCCAAGAGUAUGAGGAAGCUCUAGCGCAAGGCUUGGAUGUUGUACAAGUUGCGAAGGAAAAGGCGAUUCGGGAGGCAAAACCAAAGGUGCAAGGAACUGUUUUAAAAGUAGGCAGCAAGUGGGUUGCCUAUGACGAUCUGGGUGAAGUUGACGUGGCAAGCAUUUCCACCAGUGAAACUACCAAGGACGAAAACGUUGGGAAGUAUCUGCAGACCAAUGUGGCCGCCUCAUCGAAGAAGCGAUCUUUGGAACCAGCGAUGCCUGUUGCGAUUGAAAGCAAGAAGAAAAGCAAGAAGCAAUCGUUCAGUGGUUUUGGCAAUUUUUCUCAGUGGUGA